GUCCGCUUCCGGUUUUAGUGUAGUCCGCUUCCUGGUCUGCUGUUCCUUCGGGGUUUGCCUGCUCAGCUUUUAUUCGUCUCAGUCAUAAGAUUUAAAGCAAAAUGUCACACCAAACGGGAAUUCAAGCGGGUAACGACUUAAAGAACGCCUUUGCCGAUGCCAGGAACGGAGACCAGUUCAGAGUCUUGAAGGUUGUCAUUGACGAUGAGCAGUUGGCUCUUGGCUGCACCAGGCAAGCCUCAAAGCAAUGGGACCAGGAGUACGAUUCCCUAGUCCUGCCACUCCUAGAAGAAGGCAUGCCCUGCUACAUUCUGUACCGGUUGGACUCCUCAAACAACCAGGGCUAUGAGUGGAUAUUACUGGCCUGGUCACCGGAACGCUCACCUGUCCGACCUAAGAUGUUGUACGCUGCAACCCGGGCCACCCUGAAGAAGGAGUUUGGGGGUGGAAUCAUCAAGGACGAGGUCUUUGGCACCACAUUGGACGAAGUCAAUCUCAGCGGCUACAAGAAGUUUCUCACCUCUCAGGCUGCUCCUCUUCCUCUGACCGCCGCUGAAGAAGAACUGAGGCAGAUUAAGCUGAGCGAGGUGCAGACCGACAUCAGCGUGGACACGAAGCAGCAGACCCUGCCCGGCGUGGCCUUCCCCAUGCACGGAGACGCCAUGGACGCCCUGCUUCGCUUCAGGAGCAAGGAGCUCAACUACGUGCAGCUCCAUAUAGAUUUUGAGAAGGAGCUGAUCAAGUUGUCUAGCACGGAGCCCACCGACGUUAAAGAGCUUCCCAGGAGGAUCUCCAAGGACUGCGCACGCUACCACUUCUUCCUGUACAAACACUCCCAUGAGGGUGACUACCUGGAAUCGACAGUGUUCAUCUACUCCAUGCCCCUGAACACGUGUACCAUCCGGGAGAGGAUGCUGUACUCCAGCUGCAAGAACCCCCUGGUGGACAUGGUGGAGAACCAGAUGCAGAUGGAGAUCGAGAAGAAGCUGGAGAUUGACAAUGGUGACGAGCUGACCGCUGACUUCCUGUACGAAGAGGUCCACCCCAAGCAGCAUGCACACAAGCAGGCCUUCGCCAAGCCCAAGGGCCCUACAGGCAAGAGGGGGGCCCGACGCAUCACAAAGCCAGCCACGGAGGGCGGGGAAGAUGACUAACUAGCCUACAAACCCCCCCAAGUACUCCAUAGUGGAACAUUCCGAGAGUAAGGGCAAAGUUACAUUCAACACACUUUUUUGUAAUAAUUAAAACAGCAAACAUCAUCGACCUCAAAUGUGAUAUAGAUAUAGAUUUAUAUCUAUGUCUAUAUAUAUAUAUAAAAAACAUUCACUGAGAGACUGUUCUAUGCACACCAAGAUGAGCUGAGCCAAUUACUCUGUUCCCCGCUUCGGUUGAGGCAUGAAUUCAGAUAUAAAGAUGAGUUACUGCAAGAACUUCUUGAAUAUUAACAGAGGCUGGAAAAAGUGCUCUUUUUGUGACGUUGCCACAUCGUAUGCCAGCUUGCACAAAAAUAAAAAAUAAAGAGAAUUGGUGCCAAUAAUAUAUAGAUAAAAAACACUUCCCCUUAUCCGCCAGUAUGCUUGAAUUCCUAACUUGCAUUCCAUUGCGUGGCAUUCAUGUUAUAUGACUGCAAAAAAGACUCGCAAAGGGUCUUGAAAUAGCGUGCACAAUUUACUCGAUGUUCCCACUUUGUCCUGUAUUCAGUUUUUUUAAACUGUUUUUAUACAACAGGUUUACACGGGGAACAAACAAAAAAUAAUAAUCUGCUGAAAAGCAUAUUUUUCUAUGCAAGUGCUGUAAAUGUACAUACUGUAGCCGUGUGUGAUCCGUGAUCUAAAAAAUCUUGUCUAUGUGCUGGUGAUUUCUAGGUGUCAUUAGAGAAUGAGUGGAGGGGGUUAGUAGUAGAUGCUUCCAAAAAUAAUAUCCUGCAAUACAUCCAGGAGCAAGCUGCCCAUUGCAGAGUGAAGUCCUACCAAACUUUAAGCCACUGGGUGUGAUGUCCAUUAGCCAUUUUAAAAUCGUCCCUCUAGUGACCUCACUGGUGGGUUUGACUUGGCCAAUACAGAUCAACACCGGUGGUGCAAAGAGGGGCCCUUCUUAAAGAGAAAAGGGAAAGUUCCUUGUGCUAAAUGUGUGUCACUAUCCCGCUUGUCUACAAACGAUAUCUUUGUUCACCUCUUGCUUGAAGGGGGGAAGAUGUUACCCUUUUUAUUCAUAGAAUGAAUACAAUAGGAAAAAUAAAUUAUCAUCAUGUGGUCUUAAUCGUUUUCUUACCAUAGAUCUUUUAAAGAAAGAAAAUAUUUAAUUUACAUCACCUUUUUUUCUUUUUACUUCCAUUGUGGGCACAUAGAAUGUAUUGCAUUUUAAGUGUUCAGUUAAAGCUUAAACUGUAUUGCAAUAAUUGAUUUUUAUUUCCCUUUUUUCAAUCGUUACAUCUUAUUUGUAACUUGAUUUGAUAAAAUUCCUUUUAUAUCUUGAACCACUCCAAUGUAUGACAGUUCAAUGUAUUGUGUACAUUUAAUAAAACAUUUAGUAAAAACAAAUAGAGUGGUACACAUUUUUAAAUGAAGGCAACAUAUAAGACUGUUCAAAAGCAAUUCUGAAGUACUAUACAAAAUACCGUACUUAUUUACUAACAAUAUAUGAAUCACAAUUCACUUUCAUGUAUUUCCCACCAUCCAACACACUUUCAAAUUUGACAUUCAAACGUAAUCACCAAAAUUCUCUAACAGAAAUGAUAUUGAAUAUUAUUAUUCAAUAGUGUCAAAGUGCAUGAGAGGAAAAACAUUCCAAACAACUAUGAACACUAUUAGGGCUAGGAUCUAAUGUGAACAUAAGCGUCAAAUUAGUGAUCGAUCGGCAAAUGAUCAAUAUUGCACGUGAUCAAGUAUUAAUUUGCCGAUCACAGAACUCAAAAGACUGUGCACAAGACGGAUUGAGGAUAAGAUGCUCGGUAAUUAUGUCCAGUCACAGACAAAGUUUGUCCUGCAUUUAACAUAAGUCCUCUUUAAAUGGCCCUAUCUCUCAAUCAAGCUAGGACACUUAACCAUAUAAAUGGCCACCAUGCCAUAGCUUGCCUGCAUCUCACUGGAGACAUCUGCUGUAGCUGGACCCCACGGCUUGUGACUGAAGCCUCUGACAGGCAAAACGUAGAAAAAGCGCAAAGAUAUCUGGCAUCACCCAUGUU